AUGACAAAUGGGACUAUGCUUCGAGUGAAUAAAAAAUUCUUGAAACAUGCUUGCGAACACUCGAGAGUCGAGGAGAAUAUUUUGUCGCAGAAAUUAACAGCGACGGGGUUCCAAACUCGUUGUUACUGCAAUCUCGAAGGUAACAGAAACAAUGAAAGUAAGAGAAAUAAGCUUCCAGACAGUCAUAAAUUUGGUAGCAAUUUAUUCUCAAUCCAAUCAGAGAUGAAAAACAUGAGGUUAAUUAGAUGA